GACUCGAUUUCUAGGUUUCCAUCUAUUUUUAAUUCCAAACUAUUUUUCUCAUACGAAAGUAUAUGUAACGUGAUUAAACUCAAUUAACGAGACGAAUUUAAAUGAAUUCGAAUUAGGUCAGUGUCGUGAAAAUAUUUCAACGCUCGGAAUAAAUUUUUGAACUGAACUGUAUAUCGCAGAUAACCGCACAGCUUAAUCAAAUUCAAUGUUUCAAAACCAGACUGCAUACACUUACAUCUUCAAAGGCCCAAUAUUACUUCUUUUCAUAUCUUCUCUGGUACUUAUCAAUAUUUGCAAAAUCUCCAAAGGGGAAAAGUCGUGUUGAUACUCGAAUUAUCUUAUGCUCCCAUGUUAAACUGUUCUCAAUUUCGUCAAAUAUAUACAUAUAUAUAUCGACAAAUAAAACACUGAAAACUCAAGUACAUUCAAAUAUAUUUUGACAAAUUUGUUUAACUUUCAUAUAAAUCCUGUUUAAAUCCACGACUUUUGAUUCCUCUUUAAAUAUCUUUCAACAAAUUAUUAUUCGAUAAAAAAAAUUCUCAAUCUUUAUCAUAUCAAAGUAUUCAUUUCUCAGAAAUCGAACGAUUAAUCUUAAUAAAAUUGAUCAUUAAUCAUCUAAAUGAAUACAUCUCAAAAGGACAUAUUUAUCACAACAUUUCCUCUUAUAUCUACAAUGCUGCGUUUUAUCCCUUGGUUCAUCUAGAUGCUCUUUUUCGAUUAUGCACAGUCAAAUAAAUAUGCGGAGCUCCGAUAACAAAGGUCGCGGCCGUCGAAGUUCAUCAUUGGCUGACAAUACUAGUACACGAUUCUUCGCUUUUAGAUACUCGUUCGAUACUCGUCGCGUGUGCAACACCUCGAAACUACUUCCAAUUCCUUUCCUAUUCGAUUAAACAUUCUCAAACUUCGUUCUCCAUACAAAAACAUACUGCAUAUCGAUUUCAAUACAUCAAAAAUUCUUCCAUUUCUCCGUUAUUGUGUCAAACCUUAAAAGAAAUUUAACCAAAAAAUAUAUCCCUCUAAUUUAUUUAGAAAAUUAAAAAUAAUUGUUCAAUCAUUCCCAAGACGUUCGAAACGAUUGUCGCUUUUAUUAUAAUACACGAGGAUGAAAGUGUCGUGAGUGUCUAGAUCGUAGCUGACAGUUUCUUUCGAAAUCGGUGUUUCGAAAUCGUUUAGGUGGAAACGUUGAUCAUCGUUGUCGUCGCGAUGAAUGAAAAAUUUUCAUCGAACGGACGGCGAGGAGAAGGAUGGAACGAAUCUGUAUUUGCGAGUGGACGUUUUGAAUGUGCCGCGAAAGUGUGAACAUGAGAUCGACACAACAAAGUGUCGUCCACAGUGUUUGUUUCUCCGUAGUGGAAAUGAGGGAGAAAUGAGGUUGAACGAAACGAGAGUGUCGUGAGCGCGAAACGAAAAUGGUGAGCACCAAUCCAUCCUUAGGGGUGGUCACUCUGAACAGAGAGAGGAACACUUUCCGCGGUGUACCCAAGGCGGAAAUCGAGCGCAGAACGAACACGCUUCUCCAGGCUAUGACGAUCGAGGAGCUCUAUGCUGCCCUAGUUUUUAUGACCCAGCAUCAAAUAGGCUACGACGUAUCCAACGAGUGUAAACUGGAAACUCUGCUGAACCAUCUUCAAAAUGCGUUCAAAGUCGACAAUGAUGUGCACGAGAGAGUUCUGGACGAGACUAAAAACAUGGAGCCACCGGAAAUGCACUUGUGCGUCGAAGUGAUCGAAGCCAAAGAACUCGUUUCCAAGGACGCCAAUGGCAAAAGCGACCCUUUCUGCGCCCUUUACCUAGAAUCAGCUCCCACCAGGAGGUACAACACUGCCGUAAAAACGUCCACCCUCAGCCCUGUUUGGGAGGAACACUUCGAACUCCCCCUCGAGGAUCCAGAGAACGACGUAUUAUUUCUAGAAGUAUGGGAUUUUGACGCUGCUGAAACAGUUCCUGAAAAAAUGAGUAAAGUGAAAGAUGUAAAGGGUGUUAGGGGGUUGGUAAAAUUAGCGAAGGAGAUUGCGGUCACAGCCACGACUGGCAGCCACGAUAACGAAUUCAUCGGCCGCUGUAGAAUACCUCUUAAAGAUAUACCGACGACAGGCCACACAAUGUGGUAUUCCCUCGAGAAGAGAAACAAACCAAAGAGACGCGGCGUGGUGAAACUGAGGUUGGCCUUCAGCGCGGAGCACAAUGCAUUGGUGGCCGCCCAAGAGCACAGACACCUGAUCAGAGUGCUAUUGUUGUACGAAUUGGAGACGGAGAAAAUAGAGAAAUACUGUUGGAGUGGGCGAUGGUCGGCACCCGCGGAAGUUCUUCUUCUUCAGCACAGCGCGCAACGCGGUUUGCUGGCUAGAAACGUGACGCUUGCCCAGUGGAUAGAAUACGCGAGGAUUCAUCAGGAGCAUCCCCUCAACUUCACCGUGUUCAAUAAAUUGGUGGUCGAUCUGUUGAGGCCUAUGGAGAACGGCCUCUUCUCGCCAGAUGAAACCAGAUUGUUUUGGGACGCCACGAAGAAAUUGUUGUACUCUUGUCUUAACAGUAUUCGCAAGAUCAGGAGGUUCACAGUCGGUGAUAAGAAUGCUAUGGCACAAUUGUCCGCCAUUUUGGGAAUACUUUCAUCCCUUUCAUCCCUUAAAGUUCCUGAGGACGUGAAUUUGUUUCCUGGAAAGAUGUAUCAUUGGUUCCCAGACCCUGAUGAGAAAUUAAGUAUCGUUCAAGCUUUGGAUUACACGGUCGAACAGGGUGGUAUUGAAUGGUUCGAACACAUAUUGAAUAAUAAUUAUCCAGAAAGUGAAUCGGACGAAGAUUCGUUAAAGUAUCGUAUCAAAGUGAUUCAACUCGUGAGGGCAGAUUUACAAAACGCUAUCGAUAAUUACGAUAAACUGUUUAUCAAACGAAUCAAUUUCCCCUACGCCAGGUGUUUGUACGUGAUGUACGAAAAGAGGAUCAGCGGUUUGUGCAGGAUUAUCGUGCAAGAUGUUUGCAGUAGAAUGAAGAGGAUCGAGAUUGAAAACACCGAUGUCGAAUUGAAUUUGGGAACGACGUUGUUCGAAUUGUAUCUCACGUUGCAGAGAUUCGCUUUGCUUGGACAAGUGUUGUGCGCCGAAGGACAGUUAGAAAGAAUGGAAGUGCAAAAUUAUCACGAUUGGUUCAGGGCUGGGGUUGCACACUGGCUCGACAUAGCUGUCUACAAAGCUUUGAAACGGAUUGACAGAGCCGUGGAGUUCGACACCCUCCAAGCAGUUGAUAACACCGUCCAAUACAGCUCGAGUGCUGUGGACACGUUAACGAUAUUCUAUCAAAUCAAAGUUUUCUGGACGCAGCUCGCGUGGCCCGACAUGGAGGGCUCCUACACUUUCGUAGCUAAAAUUAUCGACGACAUCUGCAAAUGUUCGAUAGCGUAUGCAGACAAAAUGGCGAAGAAGGCAGAACUGACCACGGAAUUGGAACAAUUGUCGAAGGGCAGCGUGUACGAGAAGAAAUUUUACGUGUCGACAGCUUGGUGUUUCGCCAUAAACAAUAUUGAUUACAUCAAAACAUCGAUCGGGCCAUUGGCCCACGAUCUAGGAUUCCAGAGUAUCGUGGACGCGUUCGCGGAGAAGAAAACCCAACAAGAGGCGGACAGGUGUCAACAGACCCUCCAAUUGAUCAUUGACAACGCGACCGACACUGUUAAGAAUAAAAUUAUAGAAUUAUUACAGGUUGUCGCCAAUAAAAUGUCCCCUGCCAUGAACAGGUUCCUCAUGGAGGGUGCAGAGUUGAUAGACACGACCAGCAAUUCCAUGGAUCGGCUUUUACAAUAUUUAGACACGAAUCUAACAACGUUGCACGACAAUCUGAACGAAGACAAUUUCGAGAGAAUCUUGUUCGUUAUUUGGGAUAUAUUAUCAGAAAGUUUGUACCAAUUAGUGCAUAAUAAUUUGGAGAAAAGGAGACCACCAUCGUUCUACUCGAACCUUCAUCGCACAUUGCACACCCUUAUUCGAUACUUUAAUAUCGGAGCCGACGAGGCAGCAAAUGUUAAAGUGUUGGAGAAGAUCGAGCACCUUUUGGAGCUUCAUGGCCUCGAGACAGCCGAGUUGAUACAUCGUUAUCACCAGGAGCGGAUAAAAGAGCAAAAUGACUUGGAAGAAUCCGAAUACGGGCAGAUCACGGUUAAGGCGCAGUUCGUGGAUAACUCGUUGAAUAUUCAAAUAUUAAACGCGAGGAAACUGCGACCUGUUGAUAGUAAUGGCGAUUUGGUAGGCAAGGUGUCUACUCUCAAACGCAAGCUUCAUACAAAAUCUAAACAAAGACAGAAAGAAUGGAAGACAAGUAGUUGCGAUUCGUACGUGAAAGUGAGACUUCUUCCGGAGGAAAAAUUCACCGACGUGAAAUUACCUAAAACUCAUGUGCAAAAGGAGAAUUUGUACCCCCUGUACGAUGAAAUUUUCAACAUUCCUCUGACCAGCGAGCAAAGAGCUACAGAAAACGCGAUCGUAGCGUUCGAACUGAAAGACAAGGACUUUUUAAGAUCGAGAUUCAUGGCGGAAGCUUUCCUUCCGUUCAGUGAAAUUCCUGAAACGGGACCAGAUCGAGGGAUCGAGUCUCUCGAACAAAUUCACUUGAAACUUUCGCGUCCUAUAAGGAAAAGUACAGACAUAAUCCAAGCGUUGGAACACAGAAAGGGAGACAAUCAAGCGACAGAGUUCUUAUCGAAACUCAGCUCUAAAGCUGAACGAAAAUGAUCGUUGCUAUUCGUGAAAAAAACGACUGAAAUUAUUCGUUACAUCAUGCAAUAAAAUUCGCGAGCAACGAAUCACUAUGAAUUUUCAAAAUGAAUGCAAAUUGUUAAAAUGAAUCUUUCGCGCGAUUUUUAAUUAUUUUUCGUAAAUCAUUCGAAUUGUUGUUUAAUUAAUUAAUCAUCCGCGCUUACUAAAAUAUCAUCAAAACUAUACUAAAAUAUUAUUUGGGUAAUGUUACUCAAAAUUGUUUUCACAUUAAUAAUUUAUAAAUUACGCGAUAUGUAAUACGAUAUCUUUUUAUUAAUAUUUGAAAAAUCGAAAUGCUGUUCAAUUUCCCACGUUAAAUAAAAAAGCUUGCCUAAAGAAAAUAAUGCAAGGAAAGUAUCGUUGAAUAAUAGACUAUUUUUAUAAAAUUUUUACAAAUUAUUUUCAAGACUAAAUCCUAUUUCUAGACUGUGUACGCUUCGAGUGUCUAACAUCAAAUAUAUUUUCUUUGAAUGAAACACGAAACGUCGCAUUUCAAAACUAGAAAAAACUUUAAGGCUGAGUAAGAAGUACUAUUUAUAAGCAAUAUGCGAAAUUAAUUAUUAAAUUAAUAAAUGCUGCAAUAAAUACUGAAAAAAUGAAUUGAAGGAUUCAUAUAAAAACUAGCCUUGAUGAUUUUUCUAACAAAAAAGAAAGAGAAAGAGAAAAAUACAUUUAAAAAGCAUUAAUCAAUUAUUUAAGGUUAUUUUUCUAAUCUAUAAUUAAACAAAAAUCGUUUUUGUAAAUGAAUCCUUCAAUAUUUCAAGUAAAAAGCUUCUAAUAAGAAAAAUCAAAAUAAAUUUUGUAAUAUAUGUGUACAUAGAAACUCAGCUAUGCAUGUAAGACGUAUACGUUUUUUGUAUGUGAAAGAGUAUGUUUUAUCUAGUGUUAUUGCAUUAUUGUUGAAUCAUUUAAUUCUAAAUAAAAUCGUCGAGAAAUCUGUUAUCGAA